AUGGACGAACUACCUUCUAUAGAACAACUAUUGCAUGAUUAUCCCAACGAUGUUGUAGCAGAACAGUUACGAGAACUUAAAAGGAAGCUAGAACAGGACAAGGAAAAUCAACCACCCUCCAAACAACUGCGACUGAUUGACUCGGAAAUUUACCAAUGCCAUGUGUGUGGUAAAAAAAUAAAACGAUUACAAAACUUUAGGAGACAUCUGGCAGGUCACGAGAAACCGUUUUCAUGUGUACACUGUAAUACUUCAUUUACGAGGAUGGACAAUUUAAAAAGACAUAUGGCAAGGAAGCAUCAAGAUGGAGGAAACGUUUCAACUAAACCACUUCAUGUACAGUCUCCAUUACCUAAACCACUUCAUGUACGGUCUCCAUUACCUAAACCACCUCACGUACGGUCUCCAUUACCAGGACCACCUCACGUACGGUCUCCAUUACCAGGACCAUCUCACGCCCAGUCUCCAUUACCAGGACCAUCUCACGCCCAGUCUCCAUUACCAGGACCAUCUCACGCCCAGUCUCCAUUACCAGGACCAUCUCACGCCCAGUCUCCAUUACCAGGACCAUCUCACGCCCAGUCUCCAUUACCAGGACCAUCUCACGCCCAGUCUCCAUUACCAGGACCAUCUCACGCCCAGUCUCCAUUACCAGGACCGUCUCGGAUACAGUCUCCCAUACCAAACCUACCCCAAUCUUCCACACGUGAAAGAUAUUCUCCCAUAAUCGAACCCGUUACACCGCCACCUACAAAUAAUCAUCAGUUUUCUGACGAUAGCAGCUUAAAUGGAUCCGCCAAUGUGAGAUCUAUUAACCCUAACGAUGUUGACAAUGCUGAUUUACUAACAUUCUUCAGCAACAUCAAGGAGGAAGUAGUGGAGCAUAUUACACACCAAUGUCAUUCUUUACAGGGUAUUAAAUGGUAUCUCUGUGCACAGGUGGAACUUGAAAAGGAGGAUAAAGAUGGAAACAAGCAACAGUCCUACCCUCAUUUCCGAACUUCUCUCCAUCCCAACCAUAAAGUUCCGGAACUGGUAACCAACUACCUACCUUACGAACAGGAACUAGACAUGACUGGAAUUCAGUACCCCAUGACCAUAUCACAAGUGGAAAAGUUUGAAAGACAAAAUAAUAUUUCUGUGAAUGUGUUUGGGUAUGAGGAUAAGGAUAUUUUUCCUAUGUAUGUUACAAAGCUGCGGCAGAUAAAACCGUCAGAGUAA